AUGAGAACAACGGUCAGCUAUACGUCUUCGGUUCACUACGUCAUAUCAGAAUCUGCUUCAGAUUACUAUCAUACUAUGCCAGGAAAUAAACUUCAAGACAAUAUUCGUAAUGCUAUUAUUCUAUUUGGUAUAUGCUUGCCGGGAUUUCUCAUGAAUCUCUUUUCCAGCAUUGUUCUAUUACGUCAUAAAUCCUUCAGGAACCCUUUCGGUAAACUUGUUGCUUUCCAUACUAUUUCCAAUGCUUCAUUGGUUUUCCUUCUAUUAGGUUGGUCAGCUCCGUUAACCAUAUUGAGUUCUUUCACACAUUUUGAUUCGGAAGUCUUUAUGCAAAUCAAUCAUCGAAUUGGUCAACUAUCAAUAUUUUUCCAAGAAUGCUCAUAUCACAUAUGCGUUUUCAUAUCAUUCAAUAGGUUUUUGGCUAUCGGUAAGCCCAUGUUAUCUAGACGAGUAUUCAAUGAUCGAACAACUAAUUAUAUUAUUAUAUUCACACUAAUUAUAUGUUCUAUAUUUGGCUUUGUAUACUUCUUGCCUGGUUGUAACUUCUUCUAUGAUACUUCUACUGAUAUUUGGUCUUUCGAUCAAACCAGCUGUGGUUCUAUUUUAGCAUCCGUAGAUUUAUAUUAUAAUGUGGGAAUAUUUACAAUCAAUUGUAUAAUAGAUAUGUUGACAUUGCUUCUGUUAAGAGGAGCUAAUGAGAGAAUUUAUAAAACUAUGAGAAAUACAACUAGAGAGGAAGCGCAACGACGACAACGUAGAGAGAUUCUGUUUUUCUCGCAGGCUUUGAUCAAUACGCUUGUCUAUUGCUUCAUGUUGUUUUCUUUUCAUGUUCUGAGCACUCACUUUGAAGAUCUCUUCCAUGUUUACCUGUUUACAACAGUCGCAUGGGCUUCAGCCCAUUCAUCUGGAGGAUUGAUCGUAAUCCUGUUCAAUAGCGAAAUACGUAGAAGCAUAAUGUGUUGGAGAAAAACUGCAAAGAAAUCAAAUAUGAUCACUGUCUGCAGCACCCUCCCACAAAUAUCAACAAUCAAUUGA